GUCUUUUGCCUCAGACGCUAGCUGUAGCUGGCAGGCGGUUGUACGUGCUCCAGAGUCCUCAAUACCCGUCGCUGCAGUCCGCUUCGCGUGGUUCCGCUAAGCUCUUCUGAGCUGCUCGCUCUCCACCCGCGCCUUCGCCGUAAUCCGCCAUCAUGGUGAAACUCGCAAAGGCCGGCAAAACUCACGGUGAGUCCAAGAAAAUGGCUCCUCCCCCAAAGGAAGUGGAAGAAGAUAGUGAAGAUGAAGAAAUGUCAGAAGAUGAAGAUGACAGCAGUGGAGAAGAGGAGGUUGUCGUCCCUCAGAAAAAAGGCAAAAAGGCUACCACAACUCCAGCAAAGAAGGUGGUUGUUUCACAAACAAAGAAGGCUGCAGUUCCCACACCAGCUAAGAAAGCAGCUGUUACCCCAGGCAAAAAGGCAGCAGCCACACCAGCCAAGAAAGCUGCUACACCAGCCAAAGUAGUUCCAACUCCUGGUAAGAAGGGAGCAGCACAAGCAAAAGCAUUGGUGCCGACUCCUGGAAAAAAGGGAGCUGUCACUCCAGCCAAGGGGGCUAAGAAUGGUAAAAAUGCCAAGAAGGAAGACAGUGAUGAGGAUGAAGAUGAAGAAGAUGAAGAUGAUAGUGAUGAGGAUGAAGAUGAUGAGGAAGAGGAUGAAUUUGAGCCACCAGUAGUAAAAGGAGUGAAGCCAGCAAAAGCAGCUCCUGCCUCAGAGGAUGAGGAUGAGGAAGAGGAGGAUGACGAUGAGGAUGAUGAUGAAGAGGAGGAAGAUGACUCUGAGGAAGAAGUUAUGGAGAUCACACCAGCCAAAGGAAAGAAAGCUCCUGCAAAAGUUGUUCCUGUGAAAGCCAAGAGUGUAGCUGAGGAGGAUGAUGAUGAGGAAGAGGAUGAAGAUGAAGAAGAUGAUGAUGAGGAUGAAGAGGAUGAAGAUGAAGAGGAGGAGGAGGAAGAAGAGGAAGAAGAACCUGUUAAAGCAGCACCUGGAAAACGGAAGAAGGAGAUGACCAAACAGAAAGAAGCCCCUGAUGCCAAGAAACAGAAGGUAGAAGGCUCAGAACCAACUACACCUUUCAAUCUGUUCAUUGGAAACCUUAAUCCAAACAAGUCUGUUGCUGAAUUAAAAGUUGCUAUCAGUGAACUUUUUGCUAAAAAUGAUCUUGCUGUUGUGGAUGUCAGAACUGGUACAAAUAGGAAAUUUGGUUAUGUGGACUUUGAGUCUGCUGAAGACCUAGAAAAGGCCUUGGAGCUCACUGGUUUAAAAGUGUUUGGCAAUGAAAUUAAACUAGAAAAACCAAAAGGAAGAGAUAGUAAGAAAGUUCGAGCUGCAAGAACACUUUUAGCCAAAAACCUCUCUUUCAACAUCACUGAAGAUGAAUUAAAAGAAGUAUUUGAAGAUGCUAUGGAGAUCAGAUUAGUCAGCCAAGAUGGGAAAAGUAAAGGGAUUGCUUAUAUUGAAUUUAAGUCUGAGGCUGAUGCUGAGAAAAACUUGGAAGAAAAGCAGGGGGCAGAAAUUGAUGGACGAUCUGUCUCACUCUUCUAUACUGGAGAGAAAGGACAAAGGCAAGAGAGAACUGGAAAGAAUAGCACUUGGAGUGGUGAAUCAAAGACUUUGGUUUUAAGUAACCUUUCCUACAGUGCAACAGAAGAAACUCUUCAGGAAGUAUUUGAGAAAGCAACUUUUAUCAAAGUGCCCCAGAACCCACAUGGCAAAUCUAAAGGGUAUGCAUUUAUAGAAUUUGCUUCGUUUGAAGAUGCUAAAGAAGCUUUAAAUUCCUGUAAUAAAAUGGAAAUUGAGGGCAGAGCAAUCAGGCUGGAGUUGCAAGGACCCAGAGGAUCACCUAAUGCAAGAAGUCAGCCAUCCAAAACUCUGUUUGUCAAAGGUCUGUCUGAGGAUACCACUGAAGAGACCUUAAAAGAAUCAUUUGAGGGCUCUGUUCGUGCAAGAAUAGUCACUGAUCGGGAAACUGGUUCUUCUAAAGGGUUUGGUUUUGUAGACUUUAAUAGUGAGGAAGAUGCUAAAGCGGCCAAGGAGGCCAUGGAAGAUGGAGAAAUUGAUGGAAACAAAGUUACCUUGGACUGGGCCAAACCUAAGGGUGAAGGUGGCUUUGGUGGUCGAGGUGGAGGCAGAGGAGGUUUUGGAGGCAGAGGUGGUGGCAGAGGUGGAAGAGGCGGAUUUGGCGGAAGAGGCCGGGGAGGCUUUGGAGGCAGAGGAGGCUUCCGAGGCGGCAGAGGAGGAGGAGGGGGUGACUUCAAGCCACAAGGAAAGAAGACGAAGUUUGAAUAGUUCCUUCCAUCCCAUUCUUUCCCUCUUCAUUUUAAAGAAAGGACUCUGGGGUUUUUACUCUGUUACCUGUUAAUGACAGAGCCUUCUAAGGACAUUCCAAGACAGUAAAGAUCCUAAACUCUUGUUGCCAGA